GACAGCAGCAUGGCGUUUGAAUGAGAACAGGAAGUGGGCUCUAGUAGUUAGCAGACUAGCUAGGAGGGAGCCAACUCCAUGUUUUUAUCCAGUCAACGACGUUGGGUUCAAGCUUACAUGUUAAUCUGUGGCCGUUAUGGCUUCAUCCUGUUAAGGACAUGAGGCGGAAAUAAACGUUUGCCUGAAGAGUCUUCAAUAAACCCAAUAAAACAAAGGACUAUGAGCAUUUUGGCACACAUGUGAGCCUAUUAUCAGCACAUGAACUCAGAUUGACUUCACUUAUUGCAGGAAUCGGUCUGAUGAGGGGCUCCCACUGCCGGCAGAAUGCACGAGAAAAGGAACAUCCAGAUCAUCGAGUGGGAGGACCUUGACAAGAGGAAGUUCUACUCGUUUGGUGUGUUCAUGACGAUGACCAUCAGGGCCACCGUUUACCCAGCCACGCUCAUCCGCACCCGGCUGCAGGUGCAGAGGGGCAAAUCGCUCUACAGCGGCACGUUUGAUGCCUUCUUCAAGAUUCUGCGGGCGGAGGGUGUACGAGGCCUGUAUCGCGGCUUCAUGGUCAACACCUUCACACUCAUCUCGGGCCAGGCUUAUAUAACCACCUAUGAGCUGGUGAGGAAGUAUGUCUCCCAGUAUUCUGAGGACAAUACAGUCAAGUCCCUGGUGGCAGGGGGCUCGGCCUCCCUGGUUGCUCAGAGCAUCACUGUUCCUAUAGACGUUGUGUCGCAGCAUCUCAUGAUGCAGGGCCAAGGGGAGCAUCUCACCCGCUUUCGACUGUGUCCCAACACCAAGACUGGAAAGCCCAAAAAAGUGUUUGGCCAAACCAGGAACAUUAUGGCUCAGAUAUUUGCUGUAGAUGGUCCCCGGGGUUUUUACAGAGGAUAUGUGGCUUCUUUGUUAACAUACAUUCCCAACAGUGCUGUGUGGUGGCCUUUCUACCAUUUUUAUGCAGAGCAACUCUCUAAACUGGCUCCCAGCGAUUGUCCUCAUCUGAUUCUACAAGCCAUGGCUGGACCCUUAGCUGCUGCCACUGCCUCCACUGUCACAAACCCGAUGGAUGUGGUCAGGGCCAGAGUGCAGGUUGAAGGUAAGACUUCAGUCAUCGAGACGUUCAGGCAGCUGAUCAAAGAGGAAGGCUUCUGGGGACUGACCAAAGGACUGUCGGCACGCAUCAUUUCAUCCACACCCACUGCCAUUGUCAUGGUGGUCGGCUACGAGACGCUAAAAAAGCUAAGUUUGCGACCAGAGCUGGUGGAUUCGAGGCACUGGUAGAAAACACCUGGACAGAGAACAUACAGAACAUGUGCCAUCUGAAGCCCCAAAUUAGACUUCCUGUGAAAGCGGUGGAUAAACACUGGGGUGCAAAAUAGAAUCAGGCCACUUUUAACACAUUUACAUUGUAUUCACACCAGCUUAUUGGUUACUGAUAACUGGCCUUUAACAGCCAUACCCAGGUUUGCAGUUCGUUCUACUAGGGUUGUUAUUAUUGUAAAGCAGUGAAGCAACUUAAACCCUAUAGGGUGGUUUUAUUUUUAUGAAUCUGGACACAUAGGCAGCACUGUACUAAAGUGUCAGGCCCACAUGAAACCACUACCUCUGACAAGGAAGACCCAACAUGUAAAGUGGUUUCAGCUGUGUUCACGAGCUGCUCCACGUCUGUUCUCUUUCUUUUGGCCUUUAAAUUGCUGCCUUCGUACUUUAAAUCACAUUUUUGUUGUAUCUUGCUAAGUUGGUGGAGAACACUAGGUUGUAGAUGUACAGAGUAUUUGACUUUUACUGCUGCACAAAGUCGGUGAUAAAUAACUUAUUCCAUAGAAUUCAUUAUGUCAUAUUAUCUUAAUAUUCCAUCAGCAUUUUUAACACUAUUCUUGUAGGAAACGAUGUAAUGAUGCAGCCGGUUGAUGUCAAGUGGCCGGUUGUGUACUGAGCACACUGAACCUCUAUUUCUGUUGGGCUCCAGUUAAAGCCUGUGAGGUAGUUGUGGUUUAAAGGCAGAAGGUUGUUUUAUUACGGUGACAUGGAUUUUAGUGCAAUAAGGUAACUGUUUUAUCCUUUGUAUCACACGUGAUUGUUUCCUUGUGAAUGUGUGAAUAAUGUCUCAAAAGAAAUGAUUCAUUAGUUUGUUUCUUCAGUGUUUCUUCAAGGUUUUCGGGUCAUGACUACGUUCCGUACAUCUCAUUUUCACGUAUUUAAGUAAAUAACUGACAUUUGUGAUUCAUGCAGUUUGACAUUUUUACGGUUUAAUGACUGUUUUGGGGAGAUACAUUAACACAACAUAUUUUAAAAACUUCUUACAAAAGGAGAAGGAAAUGUUGUUUAUGGAAGUUUUCUGGCAGAGAAAAAAGAGAGAGCUCCGGCUUAAAAAAGUGUCUAUAUUUAAAUCGUACUUGAUGAAUUCUAAUGUUUGGUUGAUUUGGUUCUUUGUUGAAUCAUCCAUCUUUACUUAUUUAAGAGCUGAUUAAACGUAUGAGCCUGGUGGGAAAGCAGGGACCUUAAACCAUCCACUGUAAUUAGAAGCUACAGCUUCCAGCAGCUGUGAUUAUUAGUGGUUGUUAGAACUCAGUCUUUACAGAACACACGGUUUCACACCAUCAUGUGCGUCGUCUCUGUCCUGACUCCUUAAUUAAACUAAAUUCAGACAUUUUCCUGUUCUGACUGUGUUGACUAAUUAAACUAAUUUGACUAGCAGGGGUCACAAACUAAAAAGUUAAGCUGUAGCAAAACACAAAAUGAGAUAACAUACAUAUGUUACUGCAGUAUUUUAAAAAUCUCAGUACUUGCUGAAUGAACUGACAGCAACGUCCCCUGGGUCAUCAGAGGUCAUAUCUCAUUUUGUGAGGCAUUAAGAUCACACUAUGAACCUAAUAAUUAAAUCCCGGUGUCAUGAAAACCACAAUGUGAUAUGUGUUUAGGAUUUUUCAUAAAACUGACUUUAAAUAUGAAUUCUGUGUCAAUACAUUCAGUGAAUUAAAACCAUAAAAAUGACAUAAAUCCUGAAAGCCCUGUUUUUCUGCAAUCCAACCAGUAGAUGGCAGCAAAUCCUCCCUCCACACAUCUAAGUCCUCUGUGCUGCACCCAAAUAUUCACCUUUCCUUUUGGGAAAUAAAACCACACAGAGACCAACACAAACUGAUAAAAAAACUGUCUGGAGUCUGGAGAAGAUGGAGGCCUGGUGGGAUGACAGAGCUGUCAGGGACACAACAACUCUGACUGGGUCUCAUGGGAUUCAGUGGAGGCAAAUACAGAUAAAGGGGGUAAAAGGUGGGACAGACAAAGCCCUGACAGGUCAACAUCCAAAUUAUAUUAAAAAAAUUAGUAUCAGCUAUGGCUCAAAUUUAAAUGUAUGUAAAGGUGAGAUUAAAGCAGCUCACGCUCUUAUGCACAUCAAACAUCAUGGUCACCUGCUGAGGAACAGUCCUGUAGCUGUAUCUGUAACAGACAGCCAGAUGUUUGGGAGCAUUCCUGCAGCUAAACAAUGCUUCAUCCCAUGAUGAAGUCCCUCAGCGAAUAUAAAGCUAUGCCAUCAUAAAUAUAACGGGACCCGUCGACUCCUACGUCCAGCUCAAACCUAUGACCUGACCCGACUCCCCCAGAAAGAGGGGGUGGGCUGCUGUGGGGACCAGUGCACACAGGGAGGGACCACAGAGAUGAGGAGAGAGAGAGAGAGAGAGAGAGAGAGGCUGAAGAGAAGCAGCAGAGGACAAAGCUGACACAUUCAACCACAACAGACAGAAAAUGGAUCGCUUUGCCGGAACCUGGAAAAUGAAAACCAGUGAGAAUUUCGACGAAUUGCUCAAAACUCUGGGUGAGAACAUUGGUAUUUAAACUGAGGCUUGAAUGUGUUUGAGUGAGAUUUUUAAAAUUAUUCAGAGCAAGAUCUAAAGGAGUCUCUCAUCGCCUCGUUCAAUAUCUGAAACAUCUGGCUGAUGAAAAUCUCAGCUAGAGCUGCAGGACGACGGUUUUUGAAUGUUUAAAAUGUUUCUACUGUGACGUGUCGCUGCUUCAGAUGAAAACCUCCACCUUCUACAGUGAAAAGGUCAAGUUCUUACCAGCCUUUGUCACCAGGGUGGAGGCUGAGGUGCAGCCGCGUCCACUCACGCUUUGCUGGCGCUUUCAGGCGUGAACCCCCUGCUGAGGACGGUGGCCGUGGCGGCUGCGUCCCGGCCCCACGUGGUGAUCGAGCAGAGCGGCGAGCGCCUCCACAUCCACACCUCCACCAGCGUCCGCACCACCGACGUCACCUUCAGCAUCGGAGAGGAGUUCGACGAGGAGACGGUGGACGGCAGGAAGUAGUUUGGCCGUUUGGGAAACGAAAAAUAAGAUUUACUGUAAACAGACUCUAGUGAGCGGCACCGGACCCAGGACCUUCUGGAGCAGAGAAGUCAGAGGGGACGAACUCGUUCUGAUCUUUGGAGCGGAUGAUGUGACGUGCACGCGCGUCGAGCAUAGAACAUGUUUCAACGGCUCCCGGGAGAGAAAACGUCUCAGAUAAAUCAUCAUCUGCAAAAUAAAGAAUGAAAAUGUUA